AUGAAGGUGGAACUCUCAAAGGUGCCAAUUCUGGGCAAGGACGUGGUGCAUGUGGGAUUCGAUAUCGCGGAUCACAUCGUUGACACCAUUUUCCAGUCGUGUCCAUCGUCGACAUAUGUGGUAAUCAAUGACACAAAUGUUGAAAAGAUACCACACUAUGUAGAUUUGUGUGGGGAGCUUCAGGCGAAGUUGAAAUCCGGCUCGAGAAUCUUGCAAUACUCUGUUAAGCCAGGUGAGGCGCACAAGACGCGUGAGCAAAAGGCAGCCAUUGAGGACUACCUGCUCAGCGAGGGCUGUACGAGAGACACGGUGAUUAUCGCCGUGGGCGGCGGUGUCAUAGGUGAUAUGAUUGGUUACGUGGCAUCUACUUUUAUGAGAGGUGUCCGCGUGGUCCAAGUGCCCACUUCCCUGCUUGCAAUGGUUGACUCCUCUAUCGGCGGUAAGACCGCUGUGGAUACCCCGCUCGGCAAGAACUUUAUUGGCGCUUUUUGGCAGCCUCAAUUCGUGUUUGUCGAUAUCAAGUGGCUCGAAACGCUCCCAAAAAGAGAGUUUAUAAAUGGCAUUGCAGAAGUAAUCAAAACGGCCUGCAUCUGGAAUGCUGAGGAGUUUGCUCGCUUGGAAGAAAACGCAGACCUGUUUUUGCAAGUCGUCAAUGGCUCAAAAACUACCCAGGUAUCUGUGCAGGGGCAGGUUCAUGAGCUCUCACUCACUAACAUUGAUGCCAUGCUGGAACAUGUUUACCGUCUUGUUCUAGAGAGCAUCAAAGUCAAGACGCAUGUGGUAUCUUCCGACGAGCGUGAAGCUGGUCUCAGAAACCUGCUAAAUUUUGGGCACACAAUUGGCCAUGCUUACGAAGCUAUUUUGACACCACAAGCCCUUCACGGCGAGUGUGUGUCGAUAGGUAUGAUCAAGGAGGCUGAACUUUCUCGGUACCUGAACAUAUUAUCCCCUACACAGGUUGCGCGUUUGACCAAAAUCUUGGCUGCCUAUGGCCUUCCCAUCUCUCCUGACCAGAAAUGGUUUAAAGACCUAACUCUCAACAAGAAAACCCCGCUAGAUGUUCUACUCAAAAAAAUGAGCAUUGACAAGAAAAAUGAUGGGUCUAAGAAGAAGGCAGUUCUUCUAGAAACUAUCGGCAAAUGCUACGGUACAUCGGCCCAUGUGGUGUCUGACGAAGAUAUCAGAUUUGUGUUGACAGACGAAACACUUGUUUACCCUUUCAAGACUCUCGAGAAUGGCCAAGAGAAGACGAUUGUUCCACCCGGCUCAAAGUCUAUAUCUAACCGUGCAUUGAUUUUAGCUGCCUUGGGUGAAGGUACUUGUAAGAUCAAAAACUUACUUCACUCCGAUGACACCAAGCACAUGCUUCAUGCUGUCCAGCAACUAAAGGGUGCGACUAUUACAUGGGAGGAUAAUGGGGAAACUGUGGUUCUUAAAGGUCAUGGCGGCAGCACUCUACAGGCCACUGCAGAACCUCUCUAUCUAGGUAAUGCUGGCACUGCCUCUAGGUUUUUGACCUCGGUCGCAGCUUUGGUAAACUCGACUUCCAGCCAGAAGAGUGUGGUUCUUACAGGUAACGCAAGGAUGCAAGAAAGGCCUAUUGGCCCACUUGUCGACUCAUUAAGAGAAAACGGCAUCAGCAUUGACUACCUAAAUAAAGAGAAAUCUUUGCCUUUGAAGAUCAAUACUGAUUCCAACUUCAAGGGUGGUAGAAUCGAGCUAGCUGCGACAGUUUCUUCCCAAUACGUGUCUUCAAUCUUGAUGUGCGCCCCCUAUGCUGAAGAACCUGUUACUCUUGCCUUGGUUGGUGGCAAACCAAUUUCUAAGCUGUACAUUGACAUGACAAUCAAAAUGAUGGAGAAAUUUGGAAUUUAUGUAAAGGCUUCCACUGAAGAGCCUAACACUUACCACAUCCCUAAAGGGCAUUAUGUCAACCCUCCAGAAUACGUUAUUGAAAGUGAUGCUUCGUCAGCAACUUACCCAUUGGCGUACGCCGCGAUGACCGGAACGACUGUAACCGUUCCAAACAUUGGCUUUGAAUCUUUGCAGGGUGAUGCAAGGUUUGCACGCGAUGUUUUGAAGCCAAUGGGUUGUUCCGUGACACAAACCGAGACCUCUACCACAGUAACUGGCCCACCUGUGGGUGGGUUGAAACCCUUGAAACACGUUGACAUGGAACCAAUGACUGAUGCGUUUUUGACUGCAUGUGUAGUUGCAGCUGUUGCUCACGACGGCAAAGAAGGAAGCCGCAAUACAACUACCAUUGAAGGUAUUGCUAACCAGCGUGUCAAGGAAUGUAAUAGAAUCCUGGCAAUGGUUGACGAACUAGCCAAGUUCGGAGUCGAGGCGAACGAAUUGCCUGAUGGUAUUCAGGUUCAUGGUCUUUCCUCGAUUGAUAAACUGAAAGUUCCAGAGGCUAUUCAUAGCUACGAUGACCACAGAGUGGCUAUGAGUUUCUCGUUGCUGGCAGGUAUGGUUGGUGCAACUAAGGACGCGCUCUCAGAACCUGUCAGAAUCUUGGAAAGAAGCUGUACAGGAAAGACUUGGCCAGGCUGGUGGGAUGUUUUGCACACUCAACUUGGCGCCAAGCUAGAUGGAUCUGAGCCUCUUCAGUCAGCCGUCAAAAAGAAUUCGAACAGUAGUAUUGUCAUCAUUGGAAUGAGAGCAGCUGGAAAGACGACAGUUAGCAGCUGGUGCGCUAAUGCUUUAGGUUUUAAGUUCUUGGACUUAGACACUGUUUUCGAAGAGCAAUACAAAAAAGGAAGCGUCAAAGAAUUCGUUGCCGAGCAUGGGUGGGAUGCAUUCCGCGCCACCGAAACCAAAAUAUUUGAGGAGUCUGUCAAGAAAUAUGGUGAAGGCUAUGUCCUCUCCACCGGCGGUGGUAUUGUUGAAGGCGCAGCUUCAAGAAAGUCUUUGAAGCAAUUUGCUAGUCAAGGUGGCAUCGUGCUGCACUUGCAUCGUGACAUCGACGAAACGAUAAAGUUUUUGAACAGCGAUCCAACUCGGCCAGCAUACAAUGAAGACAUCAGAAACGUUUGGGAGAGGAGAGAGGAAUGGUACAAAGAGUGUGCAAACUUCACUUUUUAUGCGCCACACUGUACUUCUUCUACCCAGUUUAACCAACUGAGAAAGACUUUUGAGACUUUCAUCAGAACAAUUAGUGGAAAGCGCGAGGUGAAAAUCCCGACAAACAGAUCAAGCUUUGUUUGUUUAACAUUCGACGAUUUGGCCGCGCACAAGGAAAAAAUACCUGAUAUCACUGCGGGCUGCUCGGCUGUUGAGUUGCGCGUUGAUCAACUGAAGAGUUAUGACCUAGAUUUUGUGGCGAAGCAGCUGAGCAUAUUACGUUUGGCGUCAAGUUCUUUACCUAUCAUUUUCACGAUUAGAACUAAAAGCCAGGGCGGCCAAUUUCCUGAUGAUGACAAAAGCACUCUUGGAAGUCUUCUUUCUCUUGCACUAGAGGUUGGCGUUGAAUUUGUUGACAUGGAGCUCACUCUCUCCAGCGAGCUACAAUAUUCAUUGGUCAAUAACAAGCGAAACACUAAAAUCAUAGGCUCUCACCAUGAUUUCGAUGCCAAAUUUGACUGGAACGAUUCCGAAUGGGAGAACCGCUACAACCAGGCUUUAUCACUUGACGUGGACGUUGUCAAAUUUGUUGGUACAGCAAAGGAUUUUGAGGACAAUUUGAAGCUGGAGCAGUUUAGGCUUCAGCACACUGCAAAGCCCUUGAUAGCCAUUAACAUGACUGACGUGGGCAAGAUGUCCAGGGUGCUUAACACAGUUUUAACCCCAGUAACUUCAAGCCUUCUUCCUUCAGCCUCAGCCCCAGGUCAACUCACUCUCUCUCAAAUCAAUGAAAUCUAUACCCUGCUAGGUGGCUUCUCUGCAAAAAACUUUUAUGUUGUUGGCUCACCAAUCAGUCACUCUAGAUCACCAGUUUUGCAUAACACUGGAUACAAAAUUCUAGGGCUGCCUCAUAAAUUUGAGAAGUUCGAAACCAGCUCUGCUUCUGAAGUUAAGGACAAAUUACUAUCCAAAUGCAAACUCGGAGGGCUUGCAGUCACUAUCCCUCUCAAGCUCGAUAUUAUGGAAUUCAUGGACGAGCUCAGCGAAUCUGCUAAGUUGAUUGGUGCUGUUAAUACAGUAAUCCCAUUGGGAGAUGGAAAAUUCAAAGGUGACAAUACCGACUGGCUUGGCAUUUACAAUUCUUUCCUUGCCAACGGUGUUCCUGAAAAUGUUAGAGGCAACUCUGGGUUUGUGAUCGGCGCUGGUGGUACAUCUAGAGCCGCCGUAUAUGCUCUACAUCAAUUGGGCUGCUCGGACAUCCACCUUGUGAACAGAACGGUAGAAAAACCUCACGACUUGAAAAAGAGUUUCCCAUCGGAAUACAACUUACACGUACUUGAAGACAGUCAGCAAGCUGAGGGUAUCAGCGGGAGUGUUGCACUAGCUGUCAGCUGUGUGCCAGCUGACAAACCGCUUGAUGAUAACUUGCUAGCAAGGGUCAGGGCCGUUUUGGCAAAGGCACAAGGAACAUCUUUCAAGCCAACAUUGCUGGAAGCAGCCUACAAGCCAGCUGUCACGCCAAUGAUGAAAACUGCUUCUGACGAGUUUAGCUGGCACAUCAUUCCUGGUUCUCAGAUGUUAGUUCAUCAGGGCGUUGCUCAGUUUCAGCUCUGGACGGGAUUUAGAGCACCUUUCAAUGCUAUCUACAGCGCUGUGACUGAAGAACAAGCCUGA